AUGGCGCGAAUCAAGUUAAAGAAAAUAUUAAUGUCUGACGAACCAGCGUUUGAUCUGAGAGCCCACUUUACCCAUUUACCAUAUAUCUCACCUGCUCCUCCUUCUGCCACCCCUACGUCAGGUCCAUCUUCGCCGGGGCUGGUGAUGGACGGGGUGUACCUGACGGACGUGAGGGUACUACUGCCCGUCGUGGCUUCCUCCUUAGCCCUCCUCGCCACCGUCAUCACCGUCUGCGUCUGCGUCAAGAAGAAGCCUCCGCCAGCCUCGCCACAGAGCGGAGGGGACAGUAGCAUGACGGCGGUACAGGACAACAAGGAAAACAUGAAGCAACGGGAACAGUACUACGCCACCGUCAGGAAAACCUCUCCCCACCGUGAUCCAGCAGCCCUAGAGCGUAUCCCUGAAUACGCGGACGACAUCUACCCGUACGCCACCUUCCAGAUGAACAACAGCCAACAACAGCAGCAGCCACAGCGACCCCGUCUGCAGCAACCGACACCCCAGCAGCACCACAACCCCUCCCACGGACAUUACCAACCCUGCCCUUACAAGGAUGUUAUGGCCGGUAGAGAGCGGAUGACAAGCUCAGCUGAGACCUACUGCCGUGUGGGCAGCGGCGGUGGAGGAGGUAACGGCGUAGGUGGCGGUGGAGGGGGCGGUGGCGGCGGUGGCGGUGGAGGUGGUGGAGGGGUUCUGGGCGUACGAGGGCGCCACCCCACGCCCGCGCCUCAUUCUGUCAAGUCAGAGAGCGAGGAGUAUGACACCUUUGGGUCUGACUCGGAUACGGACCCGCCCGCAUCCUCCAGGACCGAGUCAUCCAACCAACUGGACCAGGACAGGUCAGGGAUGAUCAGAGCUGUGCAUCAUAACCUUAUUUACCACGCGGCCGAGUCUAGCACGUCUACCGAAGCCUCGCCUACUUUACCUAGGCGGUCCUUCCACAGAAAACGAGAGAGGAUGGGCGUCACGCGGGGGACAAUAGGAGGAGGAGGCGGGGUCAUCCACACACUCCUUAGUCCACCACGCACGCCCUCUUCCCUCCUGGGGAUGUCGCCCGUGCCUCUCACACCGCCUACGCCGCCCACACCCUUCACCGACGCCCACGAGCUUAGUGAGACGGAGUGCGAUAGGGACGUUCGCAGGAGCUACCUGGUGGUGGAGCGGGGCAGCACCAUCAACGUGUAGGACACCAACUGACUUCAUUAAACCUAGUUUGCGUAAGCACCUGUUGAUCAUAGUACACCCAGCUGGUAAUUGCAACCAUGAACAGCUGGCUACAGUACAUCACACAGGUACCUAAACUCAUCAACAGGUAGAUACAGUACGUCCAUCUGGAACCUACAACUACCAAAUCGAAUGAUGUUGACUAUGGUACCCAGCUGACCGUGUCUCAAAAUAUAGGUGAACUGGUGCUAUACGCAGAGCUUAGCUGUGGCACUUCAACCUUUAUCUUCGCUAAGCUAGACACUGAAAUUUCGUUCUGGCAUGGAAAGCUUAAACGUUUAUCCUAUAAAAAACAUAGGAGUCGAAAUAUAUGUCUUUAUCUAUAUAUCAACUUAACUAUCUAUCUUUCUAUCUCUCUAUUUAUCUGUCUAUCUGCCAAUCUAUCUAUAUAAAUUGAAUAGAAAAAUGUCUUGAGAAUGGUUCAAGUUGGCCCACAUGGAUCCGGUUUAGACCGGAGAUGCUCCAGAGAAUCUCAAUUGGACGCUGCCACAACUCGGUACACAAGUCGCUCUUCCAUAAAAAUGGGCGUAAAUCCAUCACGGAGCAGAGGCAGGAAGGGCGCCUCUCAUACUUGACGUUACAAUAACUUUUCCCACCACAGCGUUGACAAAUCUUGUUUUCGGGUGUGUACAGUUAUACCUCAUGAUCUGCGUCUGUGGAGGAAGAAGAACCUGAAUUACUGCUCUUUCCUGAACACAAUAAUAAUCAAAGACUAAUUGAUGAAAAGUGACCAAUGAAAAUAGAACUCACUUUCCCAAACCAGUGAAAGAGUCCAGUGAAAAUUAACGUCUUGUGCUCUCCUUCUGACUGAGAGAUUACACAAGUGAUAUUCCUUGAGUAAUUUUCUUGAGCUCUUUAUUUAACCAAACAUUGGCAUAACAUUUUACGAUUAUAACAUAGAUCAUUUAUUGUACAUAUAUAAACCAAAAAAUUUAAAAUAUUCUCGUCUCGGAAGCUUAAAUGAGAAACUGAAGUUAUAUUGGGUGUUGUUAUACUGUGACUGUGUGUUACUGAUACAGAUAAUAUAAGAAAAGUAUGUGUCUUGUGCGAAAGGUGAAGCGUGUUGUGUGUUGGGCAUUUGGUGACACCCAUUACACCUCUGUACUUUCUACCCGUCGGCCAUGCAGGAGAACAAAGAGAAUAAAUGUACUGAAAAUAGUUUAGAAAAAAAGAGAUAUAAAGAAAAGUAUUGUUGUGUGUAAAUUAUGGUACAGACAGAGAGUGUAAAUAGUGUCAUAACGGACGGACGGUAGAGUGUAGACAGUACCAUAAAGGACGGAUGGGAGAGUGUAUACAGUAGACAGUGACAAAGACGGGCAGACGAGUGUGUCCUGAUCGUUAACCAAAAUAGAAAGACGUGAGUUUUUUUUCAUAUAGUUAAACCAUUAUAUUGAACGUUGGAGUUUUUCAUGUUCCACUUUAUCAUUUUUUUUCAGAAUCCUGUUUAUUAAUUUGUUAAAAGUCUCUUACAUGUGAAAUAUAUACACUUUAUAUAUAGAGAGAAAAAUAUCGCUGUGUACCUUUUUCCCCAUAACUAUCAAUGUAUAAUAUAUUUCUACAUAAUAAAGAGGAUUUUCAUGUAUA